CGAUACACAACAGAGUGGUAGUUGGUCGUCUUCCUUUACUUUGGAUUCUUUUGUGGAUCUUUUUUUAACCACUUGGACAUGAAGACAUUCCAGGUCCUGUUUGUGCUUCUCCUGACUGCAGCAGCAACUGACGGUCAGUCUUUCCAUAUCGGCAACUGCCCCCAGCCAUCUGUUCAAGAGGACUUCAAUGUUACAAAGUAUAUGGGCACCUGGUAUGAAAUAGAGAAGCUCCCAGCUGUGUUUGAAAAAGGAAAAUGUAGCCAAGCCACAUACAGCCUCCUCCCUGACGGGACGGUCAGCGUUCACAAUGCAGAGAUUCUGUCUAAUGGGAAGAUAAACUCAAUUCAAGGAGUUGGUAAAGUUGAAAACGCAUCUCAACCUGCUAUUCUCAGCGUCGGCUUCUUUAAAGGUGUUCCAGAUGCUCCCUACUGGGUGCUCUCCACAGACUACCACUCAUAUGCUUUGGUGUACUCCUGCGCCGACUACUUUCGUCUUUUUCACGUCGACUUCGCCUGGAUCCUGGCUCGCACUCGUGAGCUGUCUCAGGACGUCAUUGGCCAGUUACACGAUAAGUUGACUGCUGCCGGUGUGAACGUGAAUCGCCUUAUUGUCUCCAACCAGACCGGCUGUGAUGCUCUUGAACAGUAAACAUGGCGCUGA